UCUGACGGGCUUUCUACGCCCCUGGAGAAGACCUUGUGGGGACACUGUGCGCUUCCGUCAGUUCUUUUGUUAGCUGCCAAGCAGUUGGUAUACCUCUGCUGGAGAAGAUGGCAGCGGUCGGACUAAGGGCAUCGUACCACCGAGCUCUGGAUAAAAUAGAGCUGAUGCUGCCUGCGCGGAUCAGACCCUUCUACAAUCACCCGGCAGGACCCAAGACUGUCUUUUUCUGGGCUCCAAUAAUGAAAUGGGGUUUGGUGAUUGCUGGAUUAGCAGAUAUGACUAGACCAGCAGAUAAAUUAAGCCCAGCUCAGUCUGGAGUUCUCAUGGCUACUGGACUGAUUUGGUCACGUUAUUCCCUUGUGAUUAUCCCUAAAAACUGGUCUCUCUUUGCUGUGAACUUUUUUGUUGGCUGUGCAGGCGGGUCUCAACUUCUCAGAAUAUGGAGAUACAAUCAAGAGUUUAAAGCACAAGCUGCUGAAGAUCUCCAGAAAAAAGAGCAUUAAUUUUAUUAAUCUCAUAUUUUUUAUUUGACAUCCAGAAAGUUCGGCAACACCACCACUGUGGGUCUAAGCAGAAAAUAUUAAAUCCUAAACAUAUUAGAAUAAAAUAUUUUAGGAUUGAUUUUAUUGAACUUCUAGUGUAUUAUAUUAAUAAACAAUAAUAAUAUUUC